UGUUCCUCGAUUGCAGUGCUACAAAUAGAAAAUAGGAUCCCGGACACUACGGCCGCAAGCCAGACCACCGUACCGCUUACCGUUUCAGGAAGGCGAAACGGUCGAGAACUAGCAAAAUACUCUAGCCACUACUACAGCGCCCCAAUUUUGUCUGUCUGAACAAGGGAGGAGGACUUUCUUUUGAAUUGGCAAGCAAACAGGGGCGAGUCCUGUCCUCGGUUCUCCGCUAAGCAAAGUAAGGCAAGGCAGGGUGCGCUUGCAUACGCGCGCGUGACCUCAGCCACGUGGCCAAAACCUGCAUAGGCGCACGGCCUUCGUGUCCAGCAGCGUUAGCAUCGUCGUCGUCGUCGCUGCGUCGUCUUCUUCGCUCCUCGCUCGCUCUCCAACGAUGAGCAACUCUCUGCGGCCGUACCUGCAAUGCGUGCGGUCUUCACUGACUGCCGCACUGACGCUGGAAAACUUUGCGUCGCAAAACGUCGAGCGGCACAACAAGCCCGAGGUGGAAUCGGGCUCAUCGAAGGAGGCCCUCUUGACGCCGCUCGUCAUUUCCCGAAACGAAAACGAGCGGGUGCUCAUCGAGGCAAGCGUCAACAGCGUCCGGUUGAGCAUCCGUAUCAAGCAGGCCGACGAGAUCGAGCGCAUCCUCGCACACAAAUUCACUAGAUUCCUCAUGCAGCGCGCAGAGGCGUUUGUUAUUCUGCGAAGAAAGCCGGUCAAGGGGUACGACAUCUCGUUCCUCAUCACAAAUUUCCACUCCGAGACGAUGCUCAAGCACAAGCUCGUCGACUUUAUCAUCCAGUUCAUGGAGGAGGUGGACAAGGAAAUCUCAGAGAUGAAGCUCUCCCUCAACGCCCGGGCGCGUAUCGUUGCAGAGAGCUAUCUCGGAACAUUUGCAUGACGUCGCUUACACAAAUAAAUGGCAUGAGAUCACAGCAUUUUGAUGUACACGGCAGACUCAUGUGUGUGCGUGUGAUUGCUAGAAGUACAUGAAUGAGUGUGGGUGUAU